GUUAUGGAAACGCGGCAGGAAGCGGAAAGGUCGGGAAUCUACAGGCUGGUACUUCGGUUUACAACGAGUUUAUGUGCUGAAGUAAUUAAAAUAUAUCAGGAACUCUCGUGGACGGGUUAAACGAUGAACCCAAUAAAUUAAUCCGUAGAUAGAUAGCAAAGCUAGCAGUCUGUCACCGAAUAGCAAAAUGCAGCGGAAUUCACUUAUGCAGCCGGAUUAACUGGUGUACUGAAGGGUCUUACACCCUGGAUUUACUUUGAAUUUUCAGAGAUACUGAUUUUUAUUUUACAAGUGGAACUGGAUAUGCCUCUAUGUCCUAGAAUUUCGCAUGUUUUUACACGCAAGCAAGCUUUAACAGGUCCUAAGUGACAGGAAAACAGCCGAUGCGUUCACAGAUACACCAUGCUGCAGUCCGGCGCAGUGCAGCUCCUGUGCCUCACGGCGAGCAGCGGCGUGCCGCUCUUCUGUCGCGGCGCAUCCAAGCAACUUCCCUUCUCAGUCAUCGGCUCCCUGAACGGGGUGCAUAUGUUUGCUGCGGGCCAGGGCGUCCAGCUUUUUAACUGUGAGACGGACCGUGGUGGCCGAGUGCUAUGGAAAGUUUUCCACGACAGCGUGAUGCUGAUCGCUGUCACUGGCCAGCACAGCGAUAACUGCGGCGACCUGCAGCUGCGCCGCCUGCUGGAUAACGUGUGGAACUGUAUGGUACUCGUGCUGGGCCUGGACGAGCUUACUAACGUGCGUAACGUGGAGCGCCUAAAGCGGGAACUGCGCUCCUGCUACCAGCUCAUCGACACUUUCCUUGACGUUGGCAAAGACUGGAUGGGGGACCUGACGCACUGUGUCGAGUGUCUGCUGCCCGCACAGCCUGCAAUGCUGCAGGAUACCCUGAAUGCCUUUGCCCAAGCUGCAGAGAGUGAGUUUGGCUGCUUGCUGGUCCAUGGCAAGAUGGUGGUAGCUACUGAUAAGUGGUGGCGCCUCGCGCCUCAGGAGGUGGUGCUUUUGGCAGCUCUGGUGCGGACGCUGGGAGGCUCAGCAUGCCGUGACUGCCCCAUCUUCCUGCCUCAGGGCAGCCCCACGGUGCCCCACCGCCUGCUGUGCUUCCAGCUGCUUCCAGGAGUGAACGUGUGCAUGCUGUGCGGACCCACGCCGACACUGCAGAGCGUUGAGGGUGAACUGGUGGUGCGUUUCUGGCACCCCCUGGUGGACAUGCUCCAUGGUUGCCAGGCCCUGCACCAGCGCUGCUUCCCUGGCUCUGUGGGCUUCCAUAGGGACAUGCUGGCGCUGUUGUUCAUUAACCGGGAGUCCAGUCGGGCCAUCUCUUCUGUCCACCCUGCCCCCUCUGGCCCAGAUGCCCCCUCCCCCAUACGCCGCUGGGAGCUGCUGCGCCUCUUCUUCACGUUUGCCUCCACGCGCUAUUUCAGCCCGACGGAAGCGCCGCAGAAAGGGGAGCAGACUCCCUCCCAGGAGGAGUUUGCUCUUGGCUUCUCUGAUCAGCCCCAGCAGUGUUACCUGGUGACUGACGAGUGCAAAUUCUUCGCUCUACAGACAGCACAGCACCAGCUCUACAUCCUGACAGCUGCUUCCGUGCCGACCUUUGCCCUCCGACCCCUGGCCACGCGCACACUCUCCGCACUUACUGACUCCACUGGUUUCUAAAAAGCACUGUUGUGGCCAUUAAAGAUACACUUAAAACAU